CUGAGGCAAGUAGGAUAUAGAAGGAGUCAGGAGGCGAUGCGGGUUGCACAGAGCGGAUACUCAAUUUAAGAUUGUAAAUAAGUUUGGUAAGGUGGUGCAUUUGGACUCUGGUCGCAGAAACGCAACAGAAAGUGAGCAAACCUGCAGCGCAGACAAAGAGAUUUCAGCGCGCAGCCUGCGGAGUUAAACCUCCCAACAUCUGGUUUGCUGCUGCAGGACGGGGCGAGCAGGAGUGAGAAAGUUUGGAGGCGGAGAGAGAACUAUCUCCGCUGGAGAAAAUGCUCUGAAUUUGAAGCUUAGGUUACCUGAAUCAGCCGAAGAGAGAGUUGGUGGUCGUGUAAAGUGACAAGAGUUUGGGGGAAAUUGGAUCGUGAAGGUCUCAGAGGGCUAGAAGUCCACCUGGAGUGAUCAGAAAAUGAAUUAGUCAAAGGCCCGGUUGCAAAGAGUUCCAGGCAGAGAGAAGGCUCAGUCAUUUCCUCCCUAAAAAGCCAGGCCCACGCCCAUGGAUGAGGAGAGGAGUGCCGCUGCCAUUUCACCUGAUGAUGGAGACCCCGGUUUACCAACUCCACAACCAAGUUCACAACCAACCUCAAACGCAGAGAGAGAAAACAGCUGCCCGAGCCCACAGCCCUGCCCCGGGGAAGAUGUGGCCCACACCUACACUGAGCCCCUCAUAUUGAGGUUGAAUGGCACCCCGGAACGGUUGCUUGGCAAUGAUGGCGACAAUUGCAGUUCCAGCAGCGGCCACUCGGAUUUGACGCUGAAGGCGCCCUACAAGAGUAUCACAUCUCAACCGGCAGCCAGAUCGACGCCCAUCCACCACACCCAGCCAUGUCGGUCACAGCCCGGCAGCCAGAUACGCAGCGAAGCCAAGAACCACGCACACACACGCUCCCCUCACACACACUGUCCAAAUCACACGCACACACCUCAUACACAUGUACUCCAGUCCAACGGGGUCAGGAAUCCUAAGCUGGGCUCCCUACCGAGAGGCGGCUCAUCCACCUCCUCAUCUUCUUCGGCAGGACCCAAACACACCAAGAAAUUGCAGUCCAACCCUUCCAUCAACUCACAGAGCAGCAAGAGAAGCAAGAGUAGCUCCAAGAGCAACAGUUCCCAGAUUCCCACAGAGGCACAGGACGACUGCUGUGUUCACUGUAUUCUGGCGUGCCUCUUCUGCGAGUUCCUAACUCUGUGCAACAUCAUGCUGGACUGUGCCACCUGCGGCGCCUGUGUGGGGGAGGACACGUGUUUCUGCUGCUGCUGUGUGUCCGAGGAAUGUGGCGACUGUGACCUGCCGUGUGAUAUGGACUGUGGCAUCAUCGACGCCUGCUGUGAGUCUGCAGAUUGCCUGGAGAUCUGCAUGGAGUGCUGCAGCCUUUGCUUCUCCUCCUGAGGCCCUUACCCACCGCGACGCGUCACGCUAUGCAUUUUAACCAAGCCUGGGAGCAAGUACAACCAGCAUCUUAUCAGAUAUAAGAAGUGCUACACCCAGUCGCUGUUGCCUGGACAUCGUGGUUCAUACUAUAUUGGCUGCUUUAGUAGGCGCCACAAAAUGUCCAAUGUUUCCUACCGGCGAAAGAUGUGACCUAAUGCGGAAAGUGGUCACUGGUGAAUUCUUCCUUCCUUUACUGAUCACGCAGUGACACAGUAAACUUGACUUCUUUGUCUUUGCUGUUGGCUCAGUGCUACACAGUUGGGUGUAUGGUGUGUGGUGAAUUCUAGUUGUGGUCUAUGAGUGUCUGCCAGGCUGUGCAGAACAGGCCUCUGGACUCUCAUGGAGCAAGCCAUUAUUACAAUGGAGCCCCUUGUGCCGUCUGAAUGACCGGAGUUCUCCAAGCAUGAAAAAUGACCUCUAAAGGCAAAUGAGAAAAUGGCUCAAUUUAACCGGAUUUUAGUGUUUCUGUAGAUAAGAGCAGCAGCAUAAUGGGAAAAUGGAUGCUCAGAUCUCAGUAGAAAUGCACUCUGUCCUUCUGUCCUUGCCAAGGUUAAAGUCUGCUAGUUUGAUUGCGUACAGUGGCCUUUGUGAAACACACACACAGUCCAAAUGGGAGAUGUUGAAUCCACCCCUGUCUUUGUCCUUGUUGUGAUGUACAAAAUAGAGAAAACAUAAAUGGUGGCUUGUGGCAAUAUUAGUGACUUUUUUUUUUUUUGUUAAUAUGCAUCUUUCUCUGACUGACCUAUUGAGAAAAGAGAUCAUCACGAGACUGUUGUGCUUCAGCCUGGAAAUGAGUCCUAUUAAAUGAGUACUGUAUGCAGUGGACAUCACAGAGCGAAUGGUUGACAGCAUUUGCAGGAGAGUCAUUUUUUUUAAUAUGUGAAAACUCAUUUAAUUUUUUUGCAUCUUGUUUACUUUUACAUUUUAUUUUAGGGGCUUUGACUGUAUUCAUUGAAUUCUUGCUCAUCCGGUAAAGGACUGGAAGGCAUCACCUGCUUUUUAAUACAUUUCAUUUCUCUGUCAUUCAUGCUAUGUGAACAAAUGGCCUUGGCUCAGCUUAAGGCCUGAAUUUUCAAGCAGUUUCUUUGGCUUUACCAAAUCUCCAUUAAUCCUUGUUUUGUAGAUUUUAGUUAAGAUAUUUGCAUCUCUCCUCUAAUGUGAAAAUCACAUUUCUGUGUUAUCGGGUUUUGCUGGGCUCUCUGUAAGGCAGACAUUGCUCAACAUCUAAUUUAAUUCCUUGAGUGAAAAUCUCAUGACAUUAUGCUAAGUUAGAUCCAUGUGCUCGUAGUAUGAAUGGUACACUUUUGAUAACAGGCCUACACUCUCGUACGCUCCGGCGCAUACCUUCUUCAACUCAAUACCUCUUGAGAUGUCAUCUAGAUCUGUUGUGCAUUUUAAAAUUACUUGAUACAAAUCUGUCUUCUCUCUGAUGAAAUACUGUUAGAGAAACCUUUUUUUUUUUUUAAAUACUUCACUCUUACUGGAACUUAGUUUCUUGACCUAUAAUUACUUGUAAUGUGGUGGGCUAAUGUGGCUGUGUUUGCUUAAACCCUUAAAUUUUAAGGGUUGCAAUCUCACACUGAUGAUGAAACCAUGUUACAGUUUAAAUCAACUUCAUGACAGCAAAGUAGAAAUUACAAGCUGCAUUUUUGCAAUUAGCAUUUUUCACUCAGUGCAAGCCAGUCAGCUAAUACGACACAAGAAGAUAUGAUUUGCCACGUCUGUUAUUAUUAAUAGAUGCACCGAUAAACUGGAUGAAAAACUGGUAUAGGUAAAUAUUGGCUUUGUUGACUGAUUUUGGCAUCUGGUUGAAAUUUCAGUUAUAGUGUGAAGAAGAGCUACAACUCUUUAAAGCAGUAUAGUUAUUUUUAUGAUGAAGAUUUCAAUGGUUUCACUGCAGAAACUGGAGCAAAUAUAACAACUAAAAUUUUAAAAAGUCUUUAGUAGCAUCAGCUAUCAGUCAUUUUCAUCGGUGCAUCCCUAUUUAAUACCAGACUGGCUUUAAUUUGAACUAAAACAAAGUCCUGGAGAGCCCUGCAAGUUUUAAAGUACAUAGAAGUUAUGAAGGGAGAACCUAUAUAAAGUGAAAGUAUAUACAGAAGUGAUAACAAUAUUAUUUCUUUUUAUUUACAAAAUAUUCCAAGUGGAUAUUCAUAUAAUGGUGCUUCAUCUAGGGAUCUACUUCUGUGUCACCAGACCAAACGUGUCAGAAAAAGAAUACAGAUACAGAUAAAUAUCUCUGGUGUGUGCAAGGUUAACUCACACACGUGUCUUUAACAACACUGGUUCGUUAACAAUGGAGAAUAAAUAAUAAAAACAGUUUUGUACCACUGGAUUACAUUUCAUUUUUAUGCUUGCAUAGCUAUAGAGCCAACAAACUAUAUUAGCAUGACAAGUCUCUACUGUUGAAAGUGAAAAGCUAUCCUACCUAAAGCCUGACCGAUACAAUUUAAAAAUCAGAUAUUCCAAAAUAUCAGACAAUAUUUUUUUUUUCUUUCAGGUACACGAAACAAGAACAGAUUUCCUUAACAUUUGUUAUGUGUAGUUAUUUAUUUGCUCGUUUACCCUCUGCCGGACUCUGCUCGGAUCAGCUGGUUGUGGUUUGUGGCUUUCCAAGCACGUUGCCAUCACAGAAUUGCAGAGUGCCCUCUGAUGGACAAACUAUGCAUCCUCUUCUUUAAUUUUUUCAUUUUCAUUUAUCGACUGUUAUAAAUACAGAUACCGAUAAGCAGCAAAGGGCUAGUAACCCACCGGUCGGGCUCUAAUUCUACCUGUUAGUUUACCUUUCUAACAUUGGAGCUACUUGGCAUGUAAAAAAUAUGAAUACAGAGUUUAAUGUUCCCUACCAGCUAAUUUUACACUUUAAACAAAACAUUCACUAACACAAUCCAUGUGCUGUUUCUAAUCAUUUAUGGUUUGUCAUAACCACAAACUAUAGCUCAAGUUUCAAGGCUCUUAGCACUCUGCUGCAGCUCCUCACAGGGCUCAGACUCCAGACUAAAACAGGCUAUCUUUUAGGCCUUUAAAACCAGGAUAAAUCCAGUGUGGAAAACUCAUUGAACUUGUUCAUUGUAUUUAACUGGUUUUAUUUUGCUAGCACAGCUCACUGAAAAAGUGACUUUAAAAAAAAAAGAAAACACCUGUAAUAAAGGCUUUGUUACUCAGUUAACAUUUCAGACCAUCUUGUGAGUUUCACGUUUUUUCAGAAGUAGCUUGACCUAAGGUUUUCAGGAGGUAAAACAAUAUUCUGAAGUGCAAAUCACAGGAAGAGGGUGCACUUUGUACUGAAAAGCGCUUCCCAAUUUAGAGAAAAUGGAUACAGUCUGGAGGUACUGAAAACGCUGUUUACUUGGUCUGGUGAUGGACAGCACUCUGGGUCUGGACGUUCAAAGUUCCUAGAUGAACGCCAGUCUUGCACUUAGAUCAGUCUCUAGAAUUUAGAGAUGAUUUUGAGAUGUGGAUCUGAUGCGUUUAUGCCAAACAGUUCAUCAUCUCAUUCCGAAUCUUUCCCUUGUACUCACAGAAGGGUAAUACUGGAAGAAGACACGUUUACUUUCAGUGAUUUUCAUACUCAGUACUAUUGGUGUUUUUAUUAGACUUGCCUUGACCAAAGAAAUGUCUGUUAGCUUUUAUGGAUUUGUUAUCUUAUUAUGGUAAUGGAAUGAAACUGAACUGCAAUAUUGAAUUUAAGAGCUGGCCAUCUCUGUUAAUAAUAUGAACAUUAUCCUUGCCCAGCUUAAAUGUUAGUAGACUAUAGUCCACUAUAAUGUCAUUUUGUUUACACUUCUCCCAUGUAAUGUCAGUCU